AUGUUGUUUUAUACUUUUUUUAUUCUUUUACAAUUAAAUAUAAUUCAUUCAUAUUGUACAACAAAUUCAUUAUGUCAAUUAAAUGAUAAUUCAACAAUACUCACAUGUAAUACUAUGCUUAAUGAUACUAGUCUAUUACCUGAAAUAUCAUGUUUUCCAUCUGUUAAUACAUAUAUAUUUUAUAAUUUCGAACAACUUCCAUCACAUCUAUUUUCAAAUAUAAAAUUUUUACAAAAUCAAUUCUAUACAAUAAAAUUAAUAAAUAUAUCAAUAAUAAAUUCUGAUACAUUUUCAAAUAGUAUACAAUUACCUGAAAAUUCAAAAUUAUCAAUUAUAAUUGGAGAUUUAAAUAUAUCAUCCAAUAUUCAAAUACAAUCAAAUACAUUUAAUAAUAUUAAUAUCGAUUAUUUACAUUUUUUAAAUCUUAAUUAUACAAUAUUUGAUACAGAUUGUUUUGGUCAUAAUCUCAAUAUAAAUACUCUUAUAUUUGAACAAUGUAAUUUAACUAGUUUUUCAAAUCAUAUACGAAAAUUAAUCAAUGUAAAUCAUUUAGUAAUUAAAAAUUCUCCUGAAUUAAAACAAUUAACACAGGAAAAUUUGCCAUCAUUUCUGCCAACAUUAACAUCAUUUGAAUUAUCAAAUACUGCGCUAGAAAUAAUUCAUCCACAUACAUUUCAAGCAUGGUCACUUAUUCUCGAAGAAUUUGUUAUUACUAAUAAUACUAAUUUAGAAAUAUUUCCUUCAGAUAUAGUUGAUGGUGUAUUAAUGAAAUUAAAUAAACUUGAUUUAAGUUAUAAUCCUAUAAAAUAUCUUCAUCCAAAUUAUAAUUGGUUUCCAUAUAGUUAUACAAAAAAUUUAUUAUUAAAAAAUCAACAAUUGGAUUUAUUUCUUAAAUCAAAUAUUUUAAAAACUUUACCAUAUUUAGAAAAUAUUGAUUUAUCUCAUGGAUUUAUUAGUGAAAAUUUAAUGAAAAAUUAUUUUCCAAAUAUGUCAAAUUUAAUAUCAAUUGAUGUUUCUUAUACAAAUUUAACUGAAAACAUGAUUAUUGAUUUACUUACACAUUUAAGUCAAACAACAAAUCAUUUUAUUGAUAUUUAUUUACGUGGUCAUAUAUUAAAUGAUGAAAAUUUUUGUUCAUAUUUUAAAAUAUUUCAAAAUGCACCAAAUUUACUCAAUCUUAUAUUAGAUAAUUCACAUGAAUGUAACUGUAUUGUUGAAUUAUUCUAUCGUGAUAAAUUACAAGAUAUUAAUAAUAAUAGUUUAUUAAUACAUCCAACAUGUUUACUUGAUUCUUCACGAAAUCGUUGUGAUAUUCAAACACAAUUAACUUUAUCAAAAUGUCCUACUAAUGGUCAUACAAAUUCGGAUGAUACUAUAGGAGAUUAUGCAUUUGGUGGUGUUAUUGCGGGAGUAAUAGUUGCUUUAUUAUUAUUAUUAUCACUUGGUUUUGGUGUUGUUCAUAGAAUUCGACAACGACGCAAUACUGAUCUUACUAUGGAAAAACCUGUUGAAAAUCCUUUAGCAGCAAUCAUUGAAGAACGUUUACAGAACGUAUAA